AAGAAAAAGUAAACAAUAAAGCACAAUUAUAAAAUGCUAAUAAGUGACAAGUGACAUCAAUCGUUAAAUUGAACAUUUUUGUUAAAUUUGGUGAAAUUAUUAUUUGAAAAUAAUAUUAUUGACAAAACAAAAAAAAACUUUAUAAGGAUUACUUACCAUCUUUUUUGGAUUACUACAUCUUUUCAUCUAUUUACAAGGAUUAUUUUUGCUCAACAUUAACACCCAACUGCAACGACAAAAUGGUUAAUAAACAAUAUUCAGCCACCGAUUUGGAGACCUUCAUGAAAUUAGCCGCCAAUUGGCAAAAUACUAAUCAUAGUAUUUUGGAAGGCAUGGAUAUAAAAUGCGAAAUGCAACAAUAUUUGAACAGUCCCGCCAUGAAUAUGUACAAAAAACGUGAACGCACACAAAAUUGGAAUCAUCAAGAGAAAAAAUUUUUAUUGGAUUUAUGUCGAAAAGAUAUGAGAAUUAUAGAGAACAAGCGGCUUGAUGCGGGCUUAACGGCAGUUAAAAAUAAAGCUUGGAAAAUUAUACAUCAAAAAUUUUCCAAUCAAUUCGGUACGGAUCGUACCUGUAAUCGUUUAAAAGAACAAUGGCGUCGAAUGAAAGCUUGUACACGUAACGAAAUUUUAGACUAUAAUAACCGAUUAGCACGCUACGGUCCGGAGGUUGCUGAUCGUAAAAAACCCUCACCUUUCACAUUUGAAGUUUGGGAAUUCAUGCAAGAAGCUAAGAAAGCUUGUAAAUCAGAAGCUCUAGACGGCAUCGAUUAUUCAAAGAUACCGUUGGCUUUGGAAGAGGAUUUCGAGUACCGUGAAGAUGAGCAUAACAAUGAAGAGGAGCACGACAUCGACGAUAGCAGCCGUACACCACCUCAGGAAUUGGGUGAUGUUGAUAUUAAAGAUGAAACAAAUGAAACCCUAAAUGAUACCUGCCAUGACUCGUUAACUAAUGGUGCUGGCGGAGGCGAUAGAUUAAGUAACUGCACGCCCACAAAUCGCCUGCAAAAUGAUUUAGAGCGUGCGAGCGUGCAAAGUCCUGCGAAUCUAUCAGCGUGCGGUGAUCAACAGCCAUCAAGCAGUAGCUUUAUGGGAGCGGGUGUUAACGAUUUAAGCGGUUUUCAGCCAAGUUUCAGCAUGAAUAGUAUAUCCGCUACUUUAGAAGCCUUAAAUGCUCUACGCAAUGGUCAAUUUCCUUCAGCAGCAGCAGCUGCGGCAGCCUUACAAAACAAUUUUGCAGCCGCCGCUCAACAUCAGCAUCAACAACAUCAACAACAACAGCAACAGCAAUUACAAACUCACCUGCAACAACAAUCGCAAACUUCAGGCGACGAACAAUUAUUGCCGAUGAAACGACCACGUACCUCUAGCUGCAGCAACGCAACACCUGCGGCCACCGUAACAGCAGACAGCGAAAAUCUCGAAGUUAAUCACGGUCUUACGAAUUUCGCGAGUUCGUUAAGCAAUCAUACAAAAAUCUCAAACACUGACGACACCUCACCGGAGCUUAGAGCUUUUAUGGAAAUGCAAAGCAAGGAACACAUCAUGCGCAUGCGCAUACUCGAGGUUCAACUGCAGACGGCCAAGUACAGUCGUGAUCUAGUUGAGAUCAAUAAAACUCUCGCUCUACAAAAACUACAAGAAUACGCCAGUAAACGCAUGAACAGUUAAAGUGUAUUAAAAUACACACAAUUUUUAUGGUGAUGAGUGAAAAAAUGUUCAGUUAUUUUUCCAAAAAAAAAAAAAAAGAAAGAAAUAGAAAAUCACUUAGUUAAAACAAAUUUGGAGUAAAAUAAACUUUUUAAACAAUUUUGCGUUAUAUAUAUAUAAACAGAAUUCGACCUAUCAGGCGAAAGUACCUUAAUUUAAUUUGUUCUCAUCUUUCGUUUAUUCGUUAUAAAGUCAAGUUUAUUUUCAUAUUUACAAGUUUUAGCGGAGCUGUGCUCAUUUAAAGGAAUUUUUUUUUUUUUUUUUUUUAAUAAAUUUUUAAUUUUUCCCGCGAAUCUUGUGCACACAUUCCUUAAAAGAGGUUUUGUAGUAAAACCAAAAUUUCGCAACAGCAUACCAUAAACAUAUCGAGUGCCAAUAACAGUAUUCUUGCGUCUUUUGUUCAUAUAUAUAUAAAAUAUAUAUAAAUGCAUAUAUAUAUAUAUCUGAUAAAUAAAAUAUCCUUUAAUGUUAUUUUUAAAAAAUCUUAUAUUUUAAACAAAAGUUAUGAAACGCACUGUUGUUUCUUAAGGGGAAUACAUUAAAUAAGAUCAAAUCAAUUAAAUACU